AGGCUUUUAAUGUUCCUACGUAACUCUCCGUCCAAUUUCAGACUUCUUUAAAUCCGAGUACUUAAUGAUUCCGAACGAAACUGUCGAAAUAGACAAGCCAUAAUGUAUUUUCUGUCGUAAUCGUUUGAAAAUCAUCCGACAUUUACCUGUUCAGUGCGGCUGCAAUUCAAUGAAGAGCAUAACAUCGCAGUUUAGCGUUGUCUAUCGCCUUUAUCCUGGACUGAUAACACGACAUUUGCCGAAAUGCACUUUGUUUUCUAAACAUAACGUCUCAGAAGCUGGAUACCACAAAAUGCUUCGGUAUUCCCUGCAUUAUUUUCCAGGUUAAUGUGCACUCAUGAUUGUUGGGUGAAUUGUCCGACUGUUCGGGAAGGCACCACACGGUAAACGGCAGGAAUGUUAGUUUGGUGGUUGAAAUAGCCUAAAGGGAAGAAGAGGAUUGCUCCUCAUGAAUGGAUUCACCGAUCUGCGUUUACCGUAAAUGUCAUGCAUGCCGCCAGGCCUCUAGCCUGCGCUUCGUCCCCCCCCAGCCCCUGAGGCAGUGUGCUUCCAGUAGGUGGAGGCUCUUCCUCCCUCUAGCCUCCGUUUCUCCCCGCUGUCCCAAUCAGCCCCAGAGUUCCCUAUGUUAACCCUCUUGAGCAUGUUUUACUAUAUCUGUCUGCGGCGACGCUCCAGGAGUGGGACUCGAGGAGAGGCUCUGACCAGUCGGCGAGCCGUAGAGUCCGGCCAGCGGGCAGUGUUGCCAGUCAGUGUGGAGGUGGAGCAGUAUGCCAAGGAGGUUCUCGACUUCAGCUCCCACUAUGGCAGUGAGAAUAGCAUGUCCUACACCAUGUGGAACCUUGCCGGGGUACCCAACGUCUACCCCAGCUCAGGGGACUUUACUCAGACGGCCGUGUUCAGAGCUUAUGGGACGUGGUGGGAACAAUGUGCCAGUGCUCCACCACCUUUCCGCCGCACGCCUAAAGGCUUCCACAGCCAGGAUUAUAUUGAACUGGGCUUCGAAGAGCCUGUCUACCCUACAGCAGUGGAAGUGCUUGAGACUUAUUACCCUGGAGCCAUUGUCCAGAUUCUGGCCUGCUCUCACAACCCCUUCUCCCAGAACCCACCUACUGAUGUCAGGUGGGAGGUGCUGUGGUCAGGAGAGCCCACCAAGGUGCUAACACCCCAGGCACGCCAGUUUUCCCCUAACAUAAAGCACAUCAACUUCCCUACCAACCUGCUGCGCCUGGAGGUCAACAGCUCUCUGUUGGACUACUACACGGAGCUGGACGCUGUUAUCCUGCGCGGGGUGAAAGAGAGGCCCAUGCUGGCCCUCUAUAAGAUGCCUGUCAUCGACAUUAGUGACCUGAGUGACAGCGAGGAGGAGCUGUCUGAUGUGGGAGGUCCAUUCAGACAAGGAGGUGACGGCAAGCUUCAGAGAACAGGCAAUGGCUACUUUGACAAACUGCCAUAUGAGCUCAUCCAGCUGAUUGUGAGCCACCUGACCCUGCCAGACCUCAGCCGUCUGGCCCAGAGCUGUAAGCUGCUGCACCAGCACUGCUGCGACCCGCUGCAGUACACCCAGCUGAGUCUGCAGCCCUACUGGUGCCGGCUGAGUGACGCCUCCCUGGGACACCUGCAGAGCCGCUGCACCCUCCUCCAGAGGCUCAACCUGUCCUGGACCGGCAACCGUGGAGCUCUCACCCUGACUGGCUUCAGCAGCUUCAUGAAGGCCUGUGGUCUCAGCCUGGUCUGCCUGAAGCUGUCAUGCUGCCACUUCCUGAAUGAGGCCUGUCUGGAGGUCAUCUCUCAGACUUGUCCUGGGCUGCAGGAGCUCAACCUGUCCUCCUGCGACCGCCUCCACCCGCAGGCCUUUGCACAUAUCUCCAAACUAACACGUCUCCGCAGGCUGGUGCUCUACCGGACCAAGAUAGAGCAAACAGCUAUUCUGAGCAUCCUGACUUUCUGCACAGAGUUGAGACACCUCAACCUAGGGAGCUGUGUGAGGAUCGAGGAUUACGACGUUGUGGCCAGUAUGCUGGCUGCUCGCUGUCGUUCACUGUGCUCACUAGACCUGUGGCGCUGUAGAAACCUGACUGAUAGAGGCCUGGCUGAGCUCGUCUCUGGCUGCAGGAUGCUCGAGGAGUUGGACCUGGGCUGGUGUCCCACACUGCAGAGCAGCACCGGAUGCUUCCAGCACCUCGCCCGCAAUCUGCCCCGUUUGCGUAAACUCUUCCUCACCGCCAACCGCACCGUCUGCGACCCAGACAUAGAGGAGCUGGCCGCCAGCUGCCCCUCACUGCAGCACCUGGACAUACUGGGUACACGGUUGGUGAGUGCUGCCUCGCUGAAGAAACUCCUCCAGUCUUGUCCACGGCUUCUCCUCCUGGAUGUCUCCUUCUGCUCGCAGAUAGACAUGCGGGUCGUCCAGGAGCUCUCGGGCCUCUUCCCCAACGUGGCCAUCAAGAAGAGCUUCACACAGUGACCCUGGGGUCGUCUCAUUUCAUCAUCCACAGUCACAGAGGAAGUAAGGGGAGGGAAGUGCUUGCCAGCAGACACUGCCCCAAAGUGAAUAAGAGUCAGGUCAGAUGCUGUAGGAGAUUGCUGACCUGCCCGCGUCUGUAUCACAGACAAGAUCUUCUUUUAGCGGUCAGUAAAUAAAGCAGUUGUACCGGGUGAGGAGUUUUUUGCGUUAACUGGCUGAACACAAACAACUACAGACUCCUAGUCACCGGAUUAUUGAACGUGAGACUUUUUAGUUAUCGGGUUGUUUUUUUUGUUUUUUUGUUGGACACUUGAAAUCAGGGUCGUUGCAGUAAAGCUGCUUCAUCUUCCCAGAAUAUGAAUCACCACUUAAGUAUUGCCAAGCACGCAAGACUAAGAAAUAUGCCUUGGUAGUGGAUGCAAAACACAAAACAAAGCAACAUUUGUGAGCAGUUCUCCCUUGAACAUCUUGUUAGGACAACGAAAAAGGGACAAAGAAAGUGUGAAGACCCUUAUUGGAAACUGAGAAAGAAGAUUUGAUAGUCUCAUACUCACGUUAGCUGGUAAGAUAAUUAAAGAUCAGGGCCUUGGUCAGUGCCUUGUCAGAAUGUGCAGCAAUCAUGGACUGUUGUAAUGCAUGAGGGUCAUUCUGAGGGCAUCUGUCAACAUCGAGCCAGUUUGAUUUAAUUCUAGAAAAUCAUACUUGAUGCUGUUGUGUUUGGAGGUAAUAGGAGCUUUAAAGGUGAAAACAAAGGAGAGAACACAGCCUUAUUUCAUAUAGUGUCCAGUCAAACCUUAAUGCAAGUAUCACAAGCUCAUUUGUGUUGCUGCAAGCCAAGCGCAAAAUCACACAUGGUGAGCUCAUGUUGAAAAGAAACACACCAUCAACUGUCCUUGCACCAGAGAUUCACUGACAACAUGUUUUCAUCCCCAAAAAAAUAUGUGAGAACUUGCGAAAAAGCCUACUGGGGCAACGUUUGUUUUUAAUUUGCACAUGCGAAAAAACACCCAAGGUAUAAAAUCAACAACACGCAGACUGCCCAAAAUCCAGAGAUAUACAAUUUACGAUAUAAAACCAAGAAAUGCUGGAAAUCCUCACAUUGGAGAACCUGAAACCAGUGACUCUUGGGUAAUUUGCUUGGGAAAAAAUGUCAAAAACAAUAAUCCCAAGUUUGAAAAUCAUUUUCUUUCAGUCGAACGCAACAGAUCCAUUUAAAAUGUUUCGAUAGCAUAGUAUGGAGAAGUGCUCCUGUUUCACCCUACAGAUGGAUAUGAUAGGUGCCUUUUAAAUCGAACAUAUGAUACAACACCGACUUUAGUGGAGACUUUUGUUGGAUUAGAUCGGUAGAAAGUCAGCAGAUCUAACACGUGCUUGAUCCAGGUCACUUUCUGUUUAAAUCUGCCCUCUAAAUGAAACAGGGUGUUUUAUAGUUGUGGUUUUUGGUUAAGAUUUUUCAACAAUUUAUUGUGGCCAAGUAAAGAAAACCUUUUUAAGUCAGCAGGCCAAUAUUAAUGCCAAUUAGAUGAACAGAUAAUUGUGAAUGCUUUGGUCAUACAGGUCAUUCUUCUUGUUUGUAAUUGUUUGUGUAAUUUUAAGGAAAUAAUGAGUGACUUUUGUCUCCAAAGCUAAAUGACAAAGUUGCAAGGUCACUGGUUCCAUAUUGCUUUCAUGAUGUUGCAUGUUUCCCAGUUGUCAUUCACUCUCUCUGUUACUGAUGUUUGACUGCAGCCACCUACAUACGUACUUACCUACAGACUGAGUACUGUACGUUAAAAUGACACAGUGUAAAUACUCUAUGUGACCUCAGUAUUUGUCCUGUAACUCAGGGGUUUUAAUAUUUCAUUCUGAUUUUGUUUUUACAUAUUUUGCUCCAGAGCCAGCACAUCUUUACAGACAAUAACAACACACUAAGUCAGCUUUUUGAGGUUACCUGCUGUCAGUGUUGCUCUUAAACAACAAACACACACAGGUGACACUCAGCACUGAUGUAACUGAGACAGAGAAAAACAACAUAUUGCUUAUUGGGUGUGGAAUGUUGCAGUAAUUGUAUGAUUGUGAAAAAUAUAUUGCUGUUCCUGGAUUAUUUAAUUUUUGUAAUAUAUGAAGCCACAGUUGCAAUGUGGCAGAAGUGCUUGAAAAGCAUUUCAUUUCUUGAAAAAAAAAAAAAAACUUGAAGUUUUCUGUUAAGCACAUGCUACUAGUCAAUAUUUGUGCCUUAUACUCCUGUUUGAAUGUGGUGUGAUGUCCAUGUGGUAUAGAUUGUAGUGAAGUGCUUUGCUUUUACGCCCUACAACCAAAGUAAUACGCAGACAACUGGUCUUUAAUCCCACAACUAUAUUUGACCGGUUUAUAUGCCAUAUACUGUAUAUCAGCCAUGGUAAAUAAUAUGCAAAGUAAUAUUUAUUUAUAUUUCCCUGUGUCAUACAAAUGUUAUUUAAACUAAUUAUCCUUUAUAUACAUAAACAGUAAUACACAUUUGGGGAAAUACUGUGGUUUUGUUUUUGUUACCCAGAGUCAAAUGAGUGGAAUUAUAUCAAUUUCAUCCCAUUGCAUUCAGUAUGUGUCUAGCCAAGCUUUGCACAAAAACUAGAAGCAGGGGGAAAUUGUUAGCUCGCUCCUUGGACAGUAGAAAAAUGAUGCUUCUUAGCAAGUCCAAAGCUAUGUUAUUUACAUGUUGUAUCUUAUUUAUUGAACACUUGCUGGAAUAAAAUGUAAAAAGCUUUGCGAAAAGCUCGCUUAUGGGCUGUGACAGUGACUGCAUGUAUUAUUGCUGGAGUCCUCUUUUAGGCAGAAUGUGGACAGAACUCCACCGUGAACAACACUGUAUUAGUGACUAGCUUGCUGCUGUAACUAUUUAGAUGUAAAUAAGUUAGUUUUGAAGCUUUUGCAUAUUUGUUUUCACUUAUGGUGCUGCAUUACGAGCUAGUGCUGUACCUACCAUUGAGGACAUUGAAGUCAUGUCGUCGGUUUUUAAAAUCCACAAAUCCCCAGAAAAAAUACUGAGAGUGACUUUCUGUUCUACAAAUACAGUCAAAUAACACAUAGUAGGGUUUUAUUGUGGAUUGGAAUAUUAGCGUUAUCAUCUUUGGAUUUCUUUCUUUAAGUUAAAUCAAUGUUGGGCAAUUUAGUGUUUCUCACCAGGAAGUUUGGGGAAUUUGAGCUCAUCAAUCUGUUUUUCUAGCCUUGACGCUAGCAGCUUCCCUGUUUCCAGUCUUUGUGCUAAGCUAGGCUAAACACGCAGAUCGAUCAUUGCACCGGAUGUCAAGACUUCAAAUAGAUAUCAACCCUCUAAUUAUGGUUUUGAUGUAAAACCCCCAGAUGCUGUACUGUCCUGUUAAAAUUGCAUUUAUGUUGAAAUAUCUUCAGUUUAUAGGUUAGGUUUUAAACAAAAUGGGUGUGGUAACAGUGUGACACACCAGCCCCACCAUUCAGAUGAUGCAAUUAUUACUUGAGUGAGUGGAAACAAUGUAUUUGGAUCUGGUAGCAGUCUUAUUCUAGCUGGUGGACUGAAAGCCAAGAAGUGCAUACAUCACGUUUGCCUGGCCCACCCAAAUCCAGGCAGUAAUUAUUUUAUAUAUAUUUGGAGAGAUUUACUUGUACAAAGAAAACACUGAUCAUGUAUAGUGUGUACAGAAACUAUCAGCAUUUAUUUGUUAAGGCAGACUAUUUAAGAAUGAACACCACUCUGAAGCAGUUUGGUUCAACACCUUCCAGUAUUUAUGUUGAGUGACGGGGUUGGCCCUGCUUCUCUGUAAUGAAUAUGCAUUCUCUCUUCUGCCACUCUGGAUGUAUGUGAUCAACCUUUGUGCCAUUGGUAGGACAUGCAGUGAUGCCCCCUGUGCUGCAGUGUGAAAGCCACUGUUGUGUAAAAAGACUGCCUCUGUCCUGAUGAAACUGGGUGCUUCACUUUCACCAGAUUUUAAAUAAACUGAUCGCUGAUACAGCA